AUGGUCCUCCCUAAGGGGAUCGGACGGCUGAUGGCGCUCGAGGUGGUCAAGAUCGCAGUGAUGGAUCGCCUGCGGCAUCUCCCUGCUGAGCUUGUUGAGCUGCCGCGCGUCUGGGUGUUGGAGGUGCGGGUAUGUGAUAAGGUUGGCGCGCUGUUUGGCGAUGAGUCGGUGGACAAACGCACUACCAGGGAUAAUUUCUGGGAGCUGUCUUCCCUCCAAGAGUUGGUGCUCGUGGGGCUGAAGCAUGUCUGCAGCUUGCCAGAAUCGUUUGCUAAGCUGCCGCAACUACAGGUGCUGCUGGUGACUGCGUGCAAGAAGCUGGCUCGGCUGCCGUCGUCUAUCCGGGGAAUGCCGACGUUGUGUGAGUACCGUAUCAGCGAGUGCCCAUUGCUCUCACGGGAAGAGACUACGGGAUUUGCUGCAAGGGUUGGCGAGGAGGAUGAGGAGGGGGUAGAGAGAGUGGAGGUUGAUGAGGGAGUGGAGGAAGGAGGAGAGGAGGGAGGAGGUGCGAUGGUGGAAGGGCAGGAAGCAGACAGGGAUGCAGCGGAGGGGGUAGAGGAUGAGGAGGGAGGAGAUGAGAUGGUGGAAGGGCAGGUGAACAGUGAGGAAGCAGAGGAGGCAGAGGGUGAGGAGGAAGGAGAUGAGGUGGUGGAAGGGCAAGAGGCGGAUAGGGAGGCAUCGGAGGAAGGAGAGGGUGUGGAUGGAGGAGAUGAGAUGGUGGGAGAGCUAGAGGCAGGCAGCGAAGCAGAGGAGGAGGCAGAGAGUGAGGAGGGAGAGAGUGAGGAGGCAGAGAGUGAGAAGGGAGGAGAUGAGAUGGUGGGAGAGCUAGAGGCAGGUAGCGAAGCAGAGGAGGCAGGAAGUGAUGGCGGGGAUUGGGAUAUCGGCCAUGAGCAUGGCGAGGACAGCGACGAUGACAGGGAUGACGAUGCAGGCUCGGGGGCGAGUAGUGAUGAGGACGAGUAG